CGGGACGAGCAACUGCUCACCAAUGUCAUGGAGACCCUCCGCGGCGACGGGAACGUGCUGAUCGCCGUGGAUACGGCGGGACGAGUGCUGGAACUGUCUCAGCUCCUUGAUCAGAUCUGGAGGACCAAAGACGCAGGAUUGGGUGUUUACUCGCUCGCCCUGCUCAACAACGUCAGCUACAACGUGGUGGAGUUCUCAAAGUCCCAGGUCGAGUGGAUGAGCGAUAAACUGAUGCGAUGCUUCGAGGACAAGAGGAACAACCCUUUCCAGUUCCGCCACCUGUCGCUCUGUCACAGCCUGUCCGAUCUGAGCCGCGUGCCCAGCCCGAAGGUGGUUCUGUGCAGCCAGCCCGAUCUGGAGGCCGGCUUCUCCCGAGAGCUCUUCAUACAGUGGUGCCAGGAUGCCAAGAACUCAGUCAUCCUCACCUACAGAACCACACCGGGAACGCUGGCCCGCUACCUCAUAGACAACCCAGGGGAGAAGAGAAUCGAGCUGGAGAUAAGAAAACGUUGCAGACUGGAAGGACGAGAACUAGAGGAAUACAUGGAGAAAGAGAAAAUGAAGAAAGAGGCUGCCAAAAAACUGGAGCAGGCGAAAGAGGUGGACAUGGACUCGAGCGAUGAGAGCGAUAUGGACGAUGAUCUGGAGCAGCCGGCGGUGGUGAAGACCAAGCAUCAUGACCUGAUGAUGAAGGGCGAGGGCGGGAGGAAGGGCAGCUUCUUCAAACAGGCCAAAAAGUCCUACCCCAUGUUCCCUACACACGAGGAGCGAGUCAAAUGGGAUGAAUACGGCGAAAUCAUAAGGCCCGAGGAGUUUCUGGUUCCAGAGCUCCAGGCCACAGAAGAGGAGAAGAGCAAACUGGAGUCUGGACUGACUAACGGAGAGGAGCCGAUGGAGCAGGACCUGUCCGACGUUCCCACCAAAUGCACCAGCACCACACAAGCGCUAGACAUCAGAGCUCGAGUCAUGUACAUCGAUUACGAGGGCCGUUCUGACGGGGACUCCAUUAAGAAGAUCAUAAACCAGAUGAAACCCAGACAGCUAAUCAUCGUUCACGGGCCGCCUGAGGCCAGCCAGGACCUGGCCGAGUCCUGCAAGGCCUUCAGCGGCAAAGACAUCAAAGUUUACACGCCAAAACUGCAGGAGACUGUGGACGCCACCAGCGAGACCCACAUUUACCAGGUCAGACUGAAGGACUCGUUGGUCAGUUCGCUGCAGUUCUGUAAAGCCAAAGACACAGAGCUGGCCUGGAUCGAUGGCGUUCUGGAUAUGCGGGUGGAGAAAGUGGACACGGGUGUCGUCGCAGAGAUGGGAGACGCCAAAGAGGAGACGGAGAAUGGAGAGCCAGCCAUGGACGUCACGCCGGACCUGACGACUGAGCCCAGCGCCGCGGCUAACCAGCGGGCCAUCAAGACUCUGUUUGGAGAGGACGACAGGGAGAUUUCAGAGGAGAGCGACGUCAUUCCCACGCUGGAGCCGCUGCCUGCUCAUGAGGUCCCGGGUCAUCAGUCUGUGUUCAUCAACGAGCCUCGCCUGUCGGACUUUAAGCAGGUCCUGCUGCGUGAAGGGAUCCAGGCCGAGUUUGUGGGCGGAGUUCUGGUGUGUAAUAAUCUGGUGGCUGUCAGGAGGACGGAAGCGGGCCGCAUCUGUCUGGAAGGCUGCCAUUGUGAUGACUACUACAAGAUUCGUGAGCUGUUGUAUCAGCAGUACGCUGUAGUUUAAUGGAUCUCAAUCAGCUCCAGCCCCUCCUUUCAUUUCCUUUCCUUUUGUAGCUUUUGAGUUGUGUAUUUUAUUAUGGUUUCCCCCCACGUUUACAUGGCAGACGUUCUCUCUGAAAGAACGUCUGUCUGGACUGAAGAAGAACAAUGCUUUUGUUCCAAACUGCUGGAUGCAAGGAAUCGUUUAAGCCUUUUUUACCCCUUAUUUUGCUCAGAUAAACUUCAGUUUUCGUAAUGAAAAA